UCAACACAAGAAUAAUUUAUCAGAUAUGCAAUGAGGAAAGAAGCAGUGUGGUAAUGAAGUUGUUGUGGCUGUUGUUAGGACUACACGCCCUAUCUAACAGCUCCACUCCGAAACAACCCAACAUUGUGUUUAUUGUGGCUGAUGACAUGGGAUACCAAGACGUAGGGUUCAGAGGAUCAAACAUUCGUACUCCCAACAUAGACAGACUGGCCAGGGAGGGUGUGAUUCUAGAGAACCACUACGUAAUGUCAGUGUGUGCUCCAACACGUGCCUCCCUCAUGACCGGUAGGUACCCAAUUAGAACUGGCUUCUGGAAGGGUAACCUCAAUUCAGUUGAAAAGUUUGGGCUGGGUUUAAACGAGAUCCUCCUCCCCGAGAUGUUAAAGAGGAAUGGGUAUAUCACACACGGUGUAGGGAAGUGGCACUGUGGAGCUUACAGUUGGGACCAUACACCUGCCAAGCGAGGCUUUCACACAUUCUUUGGAUUGUUUCAGGGCGCUCAAGAUUAUUACUCACACCGACAUCAGGAUUGGUUGGAUUUCAGAGAGGAUUAUUAUGAUGCACACGGUCAUUUUGUGGACGAUAUUAGAGACGAUUUAGAUGAUCGUUACAACACCUAUUUGUUUACAAAUAGAUCCGUAGAAUUGAUCCGAAACCACGACAAAACUCGGCCUCUUUUUCUUUACUUAGCAUACACUGCACCCCAUGGACCAGACCAGGCCUCUGUGGAAGACAUGGAGACGUUUACCUCAGAUUUAAACCAAAACUACACAAGAAGAUAUGCCACAAUGGUAUCUAUCAUGGAUGAAGGUAUCGGGAUGGUUGCUAAUAAACUAAAAGAACAGGGAAUGAUGAACAACACUAUUUUAGUAUUUACGUCUGAUAACGGAGCCAGGUUUUCUAGCCAUGGAAGUAAUUACCCUCUCAGAGGAGGGAAAGGUACUGUCCUUGAAGGAGGAGUUAGGGGGGUAACCUUUGUAAACAGCCCACUUCUACAAAAGACCGGAUACACAAAUACCAACCUGCAUCACGUGACCGAUUGGUAUGCUACAUUCCAGAAACUAACUAACGAUAAUCCUGAGAAACAUGACAAAACACAGCUUCCGAUAGACGGAGUGGAUAUUUGGGGAUCUAUUGAUAGCAAUACAUCUUGUAGAGAGGAGGUUCUUUUAAAUCUGAGGGUACCCUCCAAAUACUUGAACAAUCCUUGCGAGGAAUGUUUAGGAUUAUCCAGCCUUCAGUCCCAAGAAGGAAAUCAUUUAAACUCACCAAAUUUUAACCAUUCAAACUCACAAGAUCACGAUUUCUUUGCCUUGCGGUGGCAAAAAUGGAAGCUACUCGCUGGACGCACAUUUCAAUUGCAGGGGUGGAGUUCUGAAAACAAAGCGGAGGGAUAUCUGAACUUUACCGACAGUCAGGGAGACUCACAACAGAGAUCUGUUGGAUCAGGAACACUUCUAUUUGAUCUCUCCUCUGAUGAGAGGGAGGAGCACAAUGUAGCGGAGCAGUAUCCAGAUAUUGUGACUUAUCUCCUUCGUAAGAGACAGGGUUAUCUGGAUAACAUGAUAUCCGUUGAACACAGAAAGUUUGCUAACAUUACUAUGGAGGACGGUGUUUUUAGGCCUUGGGUAACUGAUCUGAUGAAUGAUACAACUGAAUACUAUUCGUAGUAUUCACUGACCAAGGGCCGAGCUUUUCCUGCGAAUUUAUAUUUUAAUAGUUGAUCAGUAUUCGCAUAUUCUAACAUGUUAUGAGGUUUUAUCGACACAGUAAAAUGUGAUCUUAUUUUAAAAUGCACAGAAAUAAUUGCUUUUGUUAUUUUCAACCGGCUAGAAAACAUCUUCAUAGUUUUCCCCAUUUGUAGCAAAUUCUUCUUUUCAAAAGCCCUUAUCAGUGACUG